AUGAUGAUGAUGUCUCUGAGCAGCAAGCAGCCCUUCUCCGCCAUGGCGCACGCCAGCCUGGCCGAAGCCAAGUACUCGUCGCUGCACUCCGGAUCGGGCGGUUCCACGUCGUCGUCUUCGUCCUCGGCCACGUCCAACGCGGUGUCUUCCUCUUCGGCGUCCUCUUCCUCGGCCUCCUCGUGCGCCUCCUCCCGCCACAGCAGCAUCAUCAGCACCAGCACGGAGGCGAUGCGGCGCGCGUGCCUCCCCACGCCACCGAGCAAUAUAUUCGGCGGCUUGGACGAGAGUCUGCUGGCCCGGGCUGAGGCGCUCGCCGCGGUGGACAUCGUCUCGCAGAGCAAGAGCCACCUGCACCACCACCACCCGCCGCCGCACCACAGCCCCUUCAAGCCGGACGCCACCUACCACACCAUGAACACGCUUCCGUGCACGUCGUCGUCGUCGUCCGCCGCCUCGUCGUCGGUGCCCAUCUCGCACCCGUCGGCGCUGGGGGGCGGAGGAGGCGGAGGAACGGGGGGCCACGGCCACCAUCACCACCACCACCACCACCAUCACCACCACCAGCCGCACCAGGCGCUGGAGGGCGACCUUCUGGAACACAUCACGCCGGGCCUGGCGCUGGGCGCCAUGGCCGGGCCGGACGUGUCCACGCCGGGGGCGCACAUGGCCGGCAUGAACCACAUGCACCAGGCGGCGCUCAGCAUGGCGCACGCCCACGGGCUUCCUCCGCACAUGGGCGGCAUGAGCGACGUGGACGCCGACCCGCGCGACCUGGAGGCCUUCGCCGAGCGCUUCAAGCAGCGGCGCAUCAAGCUGGGCGUGACGCAGGCCGACGUGGGCUCGGCCUUGGCCUCCCUCAAAAUCCCCGGCGUGGGCUCUCUCAGUCAGAGCACCAUCUGCAGGUUCGAGUCCCUGACGCUCUCGCACAACAACAUGAUCGCGCUCAAGCCCAUCCUGCAGGCCUGGCUGGAGGAGGCCGAAAAGUCGCACCGGGAGAAGCUCAACAAACCCGAGCUCUUCAACGGCGCCGAGAAGAAACGCAAACGCACCUCCAUCGCGGCUCCCGAGAAGCGCUCGCUCGAGGCCUACUUCGCCAUCCAACCGCGGCCGUCCUCCGAGAAAAUCGCCGCUAUCGCCGAGAAGCUGGACCUCAAGAAGAACGUGGUGCGCGUCUGGUUUUGCAACCAGCGGCAGAAACAAAAACGGAUGAAGUACUCAGCCUGCGUUUGA